AUGAGCGAUGAUAAAGAUGAGGAUGGAAAGAAAAAUAAUAAGAUCACAUACAAGCAGUCUAAAUUUGUUUUUUAAUCAUCAUAUAAUGAAAGAAAAUGGUUGAAAACUCAUGGAAAAGAAGAUUAUAUUGAUUUUAAAGAUGAAGAAAUUUUAGUUUUGAGAAAAUAUUUUAAAUCUUUAGACAGCGAUGGCUCAGGUAGUAUUGGAGUUGAAGAAUUAGAAGAUCCUUUGAUUGCUUUAGGCUUGGCUUAAAAUAGAGAUGAAGUAUUGAAAUUAAUAAAAUAAGUUGAUGAAGAUGGUUCUGGUGAUAUUGAAUUCAAAGAAUUUCUGUCUAUUAUGAGUUCUGUUUAGAAAACUGAUAAAAAUAAAGGAGGCGGAGAUGAGUCAGAGAAAGGAGCAAUAUUUGAUUUCUUCAAAAAGAUGAGCACUGGAUAAUUUGAUAAUCAAAUGGAUAAAAUAGUUCCUUUUAGGCUUAAUGUUAGUAUGUAUAGAAGAAGAAAAAUUUUAGAUGCCAUUAUGAGUUCGAACAAAGAAAAAAAGGAUAAGGGAUAGAAAAUUUUAUAAUCUUUCAAAAAGCAGUUAAUAUUCUAUAAAAGAUAAGAAAAAAUAGAAAAAGGAGAAGAUCCAAAUGACAUUUCUAUUGAUUAAAUACCUAAUAAUGAAAGUGGAGUCAACACAAGAAAUGGAUUCCCUAAAAUGCCAAGAAUCAUUUAGUAAAGCAAUAAAUUACUUGUCAAGCCAAAGGCUAAUCCCAUAUAAAAUUAAUUUAAAUAAUGA